GGUUUGGCCAGGGUAAGACACGUUGGUUGAUAUCGACCUGAUCCACAGCACACCUCUCUACUUCUCUACUCUUGACGACCACAUUCACAUUCUGCCCCUCGACACCAUCAAGUUCGGUGCUAGCAGCAUCUUCCUAAACUCUUUGAUCAAUUCAUGGGCUGGCUCACUGCUGGUCCACCUCGCCUAUCGUGGAUAUCAAUCUACUCAUCGAGCCCCGGGGCUCUGAGUCCCCGGCUAGCAAGAAGAGUUCAGCAUCGGUAGGAUCAAAUUCCACAGCCGCGACACGAGCUUACACGACUGCUCCGUCUGCAUAUACUCAAUCACCUGCCUAUGCUGGGGCAUCACCGGCGUACCCCGCAACUUCUCCAGCAUACUCAACGUCGUCUCCAGCCUACGGCGGCACCCCUGCCUAUGCUACUCCAGGUCUUCCAGCUUCAGCGGCCGCUGGAGCAGCGUCAAUGCUAGGCGGUCCCGUUCUCCCAGCUAUCUCAGAGCUUCAACGACACCAGGAUCCGGCCCAACCACAAUUUCGGCCACUCUACUCAGGCCCACCAAUGGCGACUUCAGCUCCUCCAGGCCAUCCUAUGACCAAUGUUUCUCCACCAACACAGGUAAUCAAGAGACAGGCAUCGCAAACACCAUUGCCAGAAGAAAGUCCUGCCAAGAAGCAAUCCAAAUGGACACCUGAAGAAGACAACCUCACGAUUGAACUAAGGGGACAGGGAAUGAAAUGGGACGACAUUGCGAAACGACUGCCCGGAAGAAGCUCGAUAUCUUGUCGACUGCGAUAUCAGAAUUAUCUCGAAAAACGAGCCGUAUGGGAUGAAGAGAAGAAGAAUAAGUUGGCAAGACUAUACGCUCGGUUCAAGGAUCAGAUGUGGCAGAAGGUUGCAACAGAAAUGGGCAUUCCCUGGCGGUCUGCAGAAUCGAUGCACUGGCAAUUGGGAGAGCAAGAAAUGAGCGCGCGCGCGAAUGCUCCGGUCUUUCAGCUUCAUCCGUCAGCCACAGGCGUCAACUCUCCACCUCCUACGCACGUUACCGUUACCCCAGCACCACAUGGCUUUACACCUACAAACGCCAGCCAGCUGGUGCCUAGCCCUCUACCACCUCCCCCUUCGCAGACCCCACAGCAACCUCCAACAGUGUCCCAAGGCCCAGUACACGGCUACCAUCAUCGAACUGACAGUGGAUCGAGUCAAGGUCGACGGAGGAGCGGCUCCUUUGGCAGACGUCGCACGGAUGCGAGAUCAAGGUCCAGCGUGCCACCCCAACUCGGCCCGACCCUUCCACAGUUCCACCCUACCUCUGAGGCCGACCUUGUGAGCGGUCCUACCACGGCGCCAACACCUGAAACCCAUUCGCAAAUCAAGAGGGAGAACGAUAACGCUCCUUUUAUUGAGCCGUAUUUAAAGAGGAGGCGAGAAGACGAGGACUCCGGUAACCUUCGACCAGAUUUGGAAACACGGAGCCACGGAGGCAGGAGCCCAGAUCGAUGCUCACAGCGUAGUGGAACAGGAAGUGUGAAGAGCUUGAAGAGAGAGGAACCGAGCGACGUCCAUCAGUCUUCCAAUGACACUCCCAUCACGACAUCUUGAUAGCCUGCUGGUUACAAGCCUAUCCCGCCGCAGCCUCGUGAGCAAGAUCUGCAGCUGGGCAAUGCCAGCCUGCUUCAGAAACAUCAGCAGCGCCAGAAGAAUGAACACACCUCUGGCAAUGCGCAAAUUGCACUGGCA